CCAGGACAGCUAAGGGAGCUGCUUCAUUAAAUCCCAACCCAGGUACUCGAGUUUCUCCACAAAGUGCUGCUGGCACCACGUCCCAGCCUGCUGCAAGGUCUGUUCGACUCCUGUGUGCAAAGUCUGCUGAGCAGAUCACUCCCACUGCCGGGGGCUCACUGGGGACGAUGGAAUUUGAACUCUUGAGACCGACCGCAAAGUGAAAAAAAACAAACCAGAAAUUGGACAGACAGGGCUGAGAUGGAUGAGGAAGGAACAAAUCAAAGUGCCAACAAAUUGCAAGGAACUGGAAUCCAGGCAUCUGCAUCUUCUCUAUCAAACCCGCUGAUGAGGGACUUUGUUUCAGACUGGUCUCCUUUACAUGAUGCCUCUGUCCAUGGGCGCCUGCUUACUUUGAAGAAACUCAUCAAGCAGGGGAGUGAUGUUAAUCUUGUUACAGCAGACCAGGUGUCCCCUCUCCAUGAAGCCUGCCUGGGCGGUCAUGCUGCUUGUACCAGUGUCCUGCUAAAACAUGGAGCUCAGGUAAAUGGAGUUACUGUGGACUGGCACACACCAUUGUUCUGUGCUUGUGUCAGUGGCAGUGUGGCUUGCUUGAAUUUAUUGCUGCAGCAUGGAGCCAGCCUGCACCCACCCUGUGACCUGGCAUCCCCCAUCCAUGAAGCUGCUAAAAGAGGUCAUGUGCAAUGUGUUGAAACCCUUGCAUCCCAUGGGGUUAAUAUAGAUCACAACAUCAAACAUCUGGGUACUCCGCUUUAUGUAGCUUGUGAGAACCAGCAAGUGAACUGUGCCAAGAAGCUGCUUGAGUCAGGAGCAAACGUGAACAGUGGGAAAGGCCUGGAUUCCCCUCUGCACUCAGCUGCCAGGAAAUGCAGCGAGGAGCUGGUGAUGCUGCUGAUUGACUUUGGAGCAGAUAUUUGGGUGAAGAAUGCUGAAGGGAAGAGGCCAAUGGAGCUGGUCCCACACAGCAGCCCUGUGGGACAACUCUUCCUGCAGAAAGAAGGGCCUCUGUCUUUGAUGCAGUUGUGCCGUUUGUGCAUCAGGAGGUGCUUUGGACACAAGCAGCAUCAAAAGAUAGCUGGACUUCUCCUCCCGGAUGAGCUGAAACAUUUCCUUCUUCACAUUUAAACCUUUCAUGUUCAAAAUGGUGCCGUUAAUAACGCAGCCAGAAGAACAUCCCGCUGCCAGAACCUAAAGCAUGGUUACAACCACUCUGGGCUCUCCCAAGCCAGGCUCUGGUAAUAUUGGCUGCUUGACACAUGAGGAAGCAAGGAUGCUGAAGCUCUGGCUUUUCUGCACAUCAGGUUACCCUCUCUCCAGGCCUGAACUGCAGGGCAUCUGCACCACCUGUGAGAAGCAGGGCACCCACCUUCUCUUGAGGGGCUACUGUCACAUCACCUCUGUGGAGGGACAGGCCACCCAUUUCAGUGAAUAUGGAUAUCCUUUUCUUCUUGACUUUGCUGGGAAGACUCUUGGAAGAGUGGGGUUGGAUGCAAAACUGUGAUGACGUUAGUAAUGCCAGCAACAAGAUUUACAGAGCCAUUAUCUCAAAUUUAUAGAGAGCAGGAGCCUUCAAAUACACAAACCUAUUUCGGUGUCAACUAGUGUGCCAGUGUGUGCAGGCCUUUUUGUGUAUGGGAAGUUAAUAAGCUUGGAUCAACCUGGAUGCUCAUAUUUGAUGUAAGGUACAAUUUAAAUCAUCAGCUGGCCAAUGUGACUGUUUGUCAUAAGUAUCACGUGUGAUUGUUUGAUUUUUAUUUUUUUUUUAUGUGUGUGCUGACCAAACACAGCAAGAGAAGUUUUGUUGGUUUUGUGGGACACUGAAUUAUACCCUAAUACGUCAAAGUGAUGAACACAGUUGGGUCUGUAAUUCACCUUGUGAUAGAAACACCUCAAAAUCUUCACUUCUCUCACCCAAUCCAUCACACAAUAUGAGCCAUGGAAAAAUCCACUGAAUGGUUUAAGAUGGCCUUCUACAUUCUUUUCCUCCUGCUGGGAAGACAAACAGACAACAGACAUCUGUCUUUGUAUCUUCAUAAGCUGAAUAAAACCAGGCAUUUUGAAUGGGAAAGGGGGAUCCUUCUAAAAUUAGUAUCUUGGUUAAGCUUAAUCUGUAUUGAGCCAGCAGACAACAAACCCAGUGCUUUUUUUUGGAUUUAUGUGUGAAGAAACCCUGUUCUGGUGAGACAUCUGAAAGAUUCAGAUUAUUGUAUUUUAGAUUAUGAAGAACCAUUUUUUACGCACUAAUUUAUCAUUUACCUUUAAGCAUCUUACUUUGUAACCUCAGCCAAUGGGUUUAUUGGAGUAAUAUUAACAUCAGGAGCAAAUUGCUCUGACAAGGCUAUGAGAGUGUUGCUUCUAGAUUGCUUUUCUUCUGGAAAUUUCAUAGUGCGACACUGUUUACUUGAAUCCCUCUGAUCAAGUGUAUUUAGGAUGAAUUCUGUACUCCCAUCUUGUAUCACCUCACUGUGUGUGCUUAUUUAUUUUAAUAUAAAUCAUGAUCAACACUGGCUAAAUGCAGCUUUAUGCAUCCACAUUUAUACAGUUAUAAACUGUAGAAGCUGUAGAAGAGGCAAGCUGAAUAAGCUCAUUAGAGGUGAGGGUUUGAACUUUUUCUGUAAUUGAAACCAUUCCAAAUGUAAUGCAGGACUUGAAAGAUUGUCAGGAAUGUAUUUUAUUGGAUUCUUUGUUACUAUUUUGUUAGCAAUUUAAUGGUGGUAAAUCCACAAUUUUAUAGGCUAUUUGCUUAAAAAGAAAUUUUUAUACUCGUUUUAGAUUUUCAUUUAUUUUUUAAAUGGUAACACUAAU